CUGCGCCCGGACCCCGCGCCCGGACCCCGCGCCCGGACGCAUCCCCGCCGAGCCGGUGAGGGGGGCGCUACCUCUCGGCCCCUCGGGCGGAGGGCUUGACUCCGGAAGCCGGAGCAGAAUACUGACCAACUCUUCGGUCUGCCGUGGCAACGCAGAAGGGGUCCGUUUGAUUUGUGCAGAGUUUCUGUAGAAGUCAAGGCCCCUUCCCCUCAGGACGUUGGAUCAGAGCCUUCACAGGGGACCCUGCACCUGCGGCUCUUGGUGUAAACCUGGUACCUGUCCGGCGGGGGAGCAGCGCUGCCCGUUACAGGGGAGAAAAGAGUAAAGCGGCAGGAUGGACUGGGGCACGUUGCAGACGAUCUUGGGGGGCGUGAACAAGCACUCCACCAGCAUCGGGAAGGUGUGGCUCACUGUCAUCUUCAUCUUCCGCGUCAUGAUCCUCGUGGUGGCCGCCCAGGAGGUGUGGGGGGAUGAGCAGGCCGACUUCGUGUGCAACACCCUGCAGCCCGGGUGCAAGAACGUGUGCUACGACCACUUCUUCCCCGUGUCCCACAUCCGGCUCUGGGCGCUGCAGCUCAUCUUCGUGUCCACGCCGGCCCUGCUGGUGGCCAUGCACGUGGCCUACUACAAACACGAGGCCGCGCGCCGGUUCAGGCGCGGGGAGAAGAGGGGCGAGUUCAAGGACUUGGAAGACAUCAAACGGCAGAAGAUCCGGAUCAAGGGCUCCCUGUGGUGGACCUACACCAGCAGCAUCUUCUUCCGAAUCAUCUUUGAGGCCGCCUUCAUGUACGUGUUCUACUUCUUGUACAACGGGUACCACCUGCCCUGGGUGCUGAAGUGUGGCAUCGACCCCUGCCCCAACCUCGUGGACUGCUUCAUCUCCAGGCCCACGGAGAAGACCGUGUUCACCGUCUUCAUGAUCUCCGCGUCCGUGAUCUGCGUGCUGCUCAGCCUGGCUGAGUUGUGUUACCUGCUGCUCAAAGUGUGUUUCCGGAGGUCCAAGCGAGCCGAGGCGCAAAGAAACCCCCCCAACCAUGCCCUCAAGGAGAGUAAACAGAACGAAAUGAAUGAGCUGAUUUCCGAGAGCGGGCAAAACGCCGUCGCGGGGUUUCCCAGUUAGACAGUGCCGGGCACCACGUAGCUGAUGUAGCAUCCCAGCAUCGGGGCCUUCCCCCAGAAGGCAGUGCUGACCGGCCAUCCUGGCUCUGGGCUGAGACUCUGUCCUUACAAAUGGCUUUCGCAAUUCAUAGAUACCUGAGUUAGCUUUCUGUAGAAUAAUUGGGCCAUGAAUGUGCCACGUAAUCAAAUGUGUGGUCCGGCUCUACAGCCGGGCCUUGGUGUGACUUUUACAUGUGGGUUUAAGUGGACCGUCUGACAUGGGCGUGUUUCCUGAAAAUUUAAGGACGUAACUGUUGUCGACAAAGAACAUUU